UGCAGUGGAUAUGGCGUCACUAAAAAAGUGUAGGAGUCGAGAAACUUCAUCCAUGUAAAUAACGCCAAUUAAACGGCUGUUUGAGAGGCUCUGAUAAGAGACACAGAUUUCAUAGCUAUUUAUAUUUAUUUAUCAGACAUCGUGUCUCUUGAACAUGCCGCGGAAAAAGCCAUUUAGCAACAAACAGAAGAAGAAACAGCUCCAGGUCAAACGGGAGAGAAAAAGAGGGGACACGGGUUCUGGACCAAGCAGCCGCAAUGCAAGUGUGGAGAGAGGAGGAGAGCACCCGUCAGACACCUCAGAUAGUGAGACCACUGACAUUAGAAGAAUGAAUCAGCAGCCCCACAGCAGAGAAGGGAGACAUGACCCUAACAGGUUUCGACUGCACUUUGAGAAAGAAAGUAAAGAAGAAGUGGAGAGGAGGAAGAAGCUAGCCAUGGACACAGUUCUGCAGCCAGUUUCUGACAAAGAGAUGGAGGUUAACAUCAAUGACGUCUACCCGUCAGAGAAAGGCCUUGACUUUCCACGCCGCCCAUCGUGGACCUAUGAGAUGACACGAGAGAGCCUCAUGAGGAAAGAGGAGAAGUCGUACAGAGAUUAUUUGGAGGAUUUGCACUCCAGAAACCCACCUGGCUCUCUAAGCCACUUUGAGCACAAUCUGGAGACAUGGAGACAGCUGUGGAGAGUUUUGGAGAUGUCAGAUGUCAUCCUCCUUAUUGUUGAUAUCAGGCACCCGGCGCUGCAGUUUCCUCCAGCUCUUUACCAUUACAUCACAGGAGAUCUACAGAAGCAGGUCAUCCUGGUGUUGAACAAAGCCGACCUGUGUCCUCCCCCUCUGGUCAUCGCCUGGAAGCACUACAUGACCUCUCAGUUCCCCCACCUGCAAAUCGUGUGCUUCACCUCCCACCCCGGACAACCCUACAGCACAGUUCUCCAGAAGAAGAGGAUGAGGAGAAAGGCUGACUGCAAUCACGCUGGAGGUCUUACGGAUAUCUUUAAAGCAUGUCAGGAGAUCACCUCAGGGAGAGUUGACCUGUCCAGCUGGGAGAAGAAGAUUCAGAGCGAUGUGGUUUCUGGCCGGCUGGAUGGAGAGCAAACAGACGACAGAGCUGAAUCUGUGUUGGUGGAGCAUCAUAGCGAUAGUGCUAUGGAGAUGAGCAACCUGUCACGAGAGCUCUACAAAGAUGGGGUUCUUACUUUGGGAUGCAUUGGAUUUCCAAACGUCGGAAAGUCCUCUGUCAUAAACAGCCUUGUUGGGAGGAAGGUUGUGAGUGUGUCUCGAACCCCAGGCCACACCAAAUACUUCCAGACCUACUACCUCACCCCCACAGUCAAGCUGUGCGACUGUCCCGGACUGGUCUUCCCCUCUCGUGUCAAUAAGCAGCUACAGAUUUUGGCAGGAAUUUACCCGGUGGCUCAGCUACAAGAGCCGUACACCUCAGUCGGUUACCUGUGUGAGAGGACCCCAUUCCUCUCUGUACUGAAGCUCAAGCAUCCAAGUUUACAAGAAAGCAAAUCCCAACAAGGAGAACAGGGCUCUGAAGAACCCAGCUGGUCUGCCUGGGAUGUGUGUGAGGCCUGGGCGGAAAGGAGAGGCUACAAAACAGCGAAAGCGGCUCGCAACGACGUGUACCGCGCAGCAAAUAGCCUCCUACGCUUAGCAAUUGAUGGCAGAUUAUGUCUCUGCCUCAGACCUGCCGGCUACAGCUGCCUGAGAGAGCACUGGGAAAAUCACCCAGACUUGCCAGAGAUUAUGGCUCUACAAGGAAGGGUGACGGAGGAGGAAGGAGCGGGCGAAAGGGAGGAAGAGGAGGAUGGGGAGUCCAGCACAGAGCCAGAGGAAGAAAGAGACCGGGACGCAGAUGACGAUGAGGAUGGCGACGAUGAAGACGAGGGCUUUGGCAACCAGAGCCGGAAGGAGAAGCCGCCAGGCUUCACCGUCAACAUGUACAACGUUCUCCGGGAAAACGAGUGCGCGUGAGCCAGCAGAAAACGAGACAAGUCGAGAAAAACAAACUGUUCCUGUUUUCUUUUUCCCCGUGUGCUUUACAAAGAUUUCAUUCCUUGGUUUUCUCGAGCCUGCAUUCCCUCUUGUGUUUUCUUGUAUCUCCACUCCUGUCGUUCAGUUCUGUACAUUAAGAAGAUCGGUUGUCAUUCAGUGGUGCAGUUUUCCUCUUCCUGUGACAUACAGAGCAUAUUUAUGUAUUCAAUGCUGUGCCUCUGCUCUGCUUCUCCUCCCUCAAUGUUUAAUCUUCUAAUCUCUUCUAGGAACGGGUUUGGUUUGGUUUGGUUUGAACUUGUAAUAUUUUGCGUGUAGUUCUCGAAGGCAAACGACCAAGAUAAUUUACCCGAGCCUGGAAUAAUCACCCAAAUGGUUUUCAGUCUCCUCAUCAGUAAGUGACCUCAUAGCUGAGAUGCCAAAGUUCAGGAAAGGAUGAAGAGACAAAUCGGAUGCUUUGACAUGGUGUCAGUCACUAACACAGAUGGAGGUUAAUGAACACUAAAUCUUCUUUACAGGCAGUAACAUCUUGUUUGUGUGUGUGGGAUGGGAUACUGGAGAUGCUAGAGCGACCAGCUAGAACUAACAAAACCAGCAUUUCACACCCAGUUCUGCAAAUAUUUCAAAUCCAUAAAAGGACUGUGUAUCUGCACUUGAUUCUGGUUUAGGUCCCUUUAUGAGAAUUUGGUUGUGAUUCUAAAUAUAUAUUUUUGGAUGGGGGGGGGGGACAUUUCCUUUUGCUGAACGAGGCUGUGUGAAAAAUGAAACCUGUAGUGUUUUAAUGAGCAGUAUUGUCCUCGAACAAUGACCGGGAUAUUCAGUGCUAACAGUAUUUCUAAGACAAGAAGCAGCUAGCCAGGUUUAAUUAGAUACUCUUUAAAAAGGACAAAUGACUAAAUCUAGUACUCAAGCUUUGCUUUAACGGCAAUUUAUGUUAGUCAUCUGCAAGAUUUAGAGGUUUUGUUCUGGACAGCUCAAGGCUUCUUUUUCUUGCACUAGUGUAAUAAUUUCGAUGCAGCCGAGUCCACCAAGCAAAUAAAUUUUUCUAGGCCGUAAAUAUAUAUACAUAUAUAUAUAUAUACAUAUAUUUUUAUGCAGAUAGUUCCUUUACAUACAUAGAAUGUGAAUCCGGCCGUUACAGCUUCCAUUUGUCCACCUUUUUAAGUAACAUCAGACUUUAUCCAAAAUCAUUUUGAAAAGGGGGCCGUUUCUGCUGCUGGACCAGUCUCAUACUAUCUAUCUCUGUGACACAUCUCCAAUCCUGAGUGCUGUAUUGGCGCGCCCUGUCCUACCUGAUUCAUGUGCCCACCCAGGGGUGUCUGCAGCGUGGUGCUGGGUCAGUGGCCAACGCGUCACACUGCUGCCACAGGUGGUCCAAACACUACCACACUGUUAUCAACACAGCAGAGUUAUCUUUUUUUUUUUUUGUAUUCCCAAUGUUCAACGAAUCUAGAGAGCCUAGUACACCAGUGUUAAGACUAGAGGUGUGUUAAGGUGGUUUGCUGCAUUCCUCAUUUCAUUCCUAGUCUGCCUGAUGAUUGCUGGACUGAUUUCUGCAAUUAAAGAAGAAAACUGUCAAAACCUCA